GUGCAAGCCUGUUUUACUUCACUUCAAGUUGUCAUUGUCAAUUCUUGCGCAGUUUAGAUUUUUACAACACUAGUAGACUGGAAGAUUGGAGGGUGUAGACGGGGCUUAUGGCUUACUGAUAGUGAGAAUCAGAAUGAUAACAAUGAUCACAUAAUUUUCAACAGGAUUACGGACGGUGGGUCAACGUCGUCGUUACGAUCUCUUUUUAUCAACCGAUUCAGAUAUUUUUUUGGUGCAUGGUGUUUACAAGUUUCAAUUUUCUCGUAACUUAGUUACAUAUUACUCUUGGAAAAGAUGACUUCUCACAAUAGCUACUAUAAGGGUAGGCGUCCGAAAGAAAGGAGAAAAUGGGCAAGAGACUCGGACACUGGCACGGAAAGUGAUUCUUCGACCAGUUACAGUGAAGACGAACGAUCAUUCCGGUAUACGAGUCAGCCAGCUCGAUUCGAAGAAGGAUUUGAUGCCCGUAAAAUAAUAAAUAUGAAAACUGAUGCUGGAUCCGAAGAAGAAUUUGAUGCCCGCGAUAUAAUAAAUAUGAAUAAAGUUGAAGAAGGAUUUGAUGCCCGCGAUAUAAUAAAUAUGAAUAAAAUCGCAGAAGGAUUUGAUGCCCGUGAUAUAAUAAAUAUGAAUAAAGCUGAAGCUGGAUUCGAAGAAGAAUUUGAUGCUCGCGAUAUAAUAAAUAUGAGAACCAUUAAUCGCGUUACUGAUAGAGAAGAUUCCCAGCAGGACGACUAUGAAACAGCGAGUGAACAAUGGCCAAGUGAAGAUGAACUUUCUAACCUGGACGAGUCUCCGAAAUUUGUCGAAGGAGUUCAAGUUGGACUGAAAAUAAACCUCAACGUUGAGGAAACGCGAAGAAAAGUUCAUAAGCUUCAAGAUAUGAGAGAAGAUAUGUGGGAAGAUGACAAUCGAAGAGCGAGCGAGCAUUGGCCAGGAGGUAAUAGUUCUAACAUUGAGCCGUCUUAUACAUACUCCCAUGAGCAGCAACCUGAACCGGAAAGCAACCUCGAUGCUUUUAAAAAGGAAACAAACGUCGCGAAUUCUCUACACGUUGAAGCGGAAGCGGGUGACUGGGAGCCCAAAAAUCGACAUAAGAAGGUGAGAUUUCAAGACGAGAAAAUGGAUACCGACAAAGACUGCUUUCAAAAGACAAAUUCCCGCGGCGAUGACGACGGAAUUCGGUCAUCAGAAAGGCGGCCGGCUGUGAAACGUCUAGGUUCGCGCAGAAAGGCUUUCUCAGCAACAGUGCCGCGUAAAUACGCAAAAUGGAGAUCUCAAUCUGCGUGCCACGAACCGAAGGGCUAUCGGCAACGGCGACGAGUUUUCAAACUUCAGAAGCGCUCAAAACCGAAAAGAGAACCUAUAUGCACCAACUGUUGGCAUCCCAAUCAUGUUGUACAGAAUUGCAUGGGAUCUAAAAGAUGUGAUUCUUGUAAAAAAGACGGGCAUGCCACGGAUCUAUGCUGGUUUCGUCCAGGUAAACGUGGCCGUAUAACUUCAUCAUCAUCAAAGAACGUAAGAGACGAUCUAGCAGGCGAACGUGACGGUGAAACGUCUAAAAAAUGUUACGUUUGUAAAAAAACUGGACAUGCCACGAAUCGAUGCUGGUUUCGUCUAGGCGAACGUGGCCGUAAACCUUCAUCAGAGAACGUAGAAGACGAUCUUCUAGGCGAACGUGACGGAGAAACAUCUAAAAAAUGUAAUAUUUGUAAGAAAACCGGACAUGCUACAGAUCGAUGCUGGUUUCGUCGACGCAAACGUGGCCGUAAAACGUCAUCAUCAUCAGAAAACGUAGAAGACGAUCUUUUAGACGAAAGUGGCUGUGAAACCACAUUAGAGAACGUAGAAUACGAUCUUCCAGGCGAAGGUGACUGUGAAACAACAUCAGAGAACUCAGAGGGAGACGCGUUAUAUUGGUACGCGUAGAUGAAGCCGAUCAGAGAUGACGAUAUUUUUGUGAAAGUUUUUCCUUUUUUUUUCGCGCUUUCAUCCUUCGUUGAUGUUAUUUAGGUAUAAUUUUAUGUUACAUUUCAAGUUCUUUUUUUUGUUUCGAAUGUUUCAAUUUUUCAUUUUGAUCCCCGUGGGUUAGAUAACAAAUUUUAUUUUCUAUUUUAUUACAUCAGUGAUGUGCCUGAACGGAGGUACUGAAACUACAACGAUUUGCAAGAAGUUGUUCUUUAUUUUACUUUACAAUACGCAGGUACGUUGUUAUUUAAUUUUGUUUGUUAUAAUAUAAUACUUGUUCUGAACAAAUAAAUCAUGGAAUUGUUUCAGUU